UUUAAUGAAAACCCCUGGAUGUGAAUCGUGUCAUUAAAUCAUUUCCUUCAAGUGGGCUUCAGAUGAAGUUAUCACUUUGUCAAAGCGUGAUGCAAACCCCCAGCAGGAAGCACACAAAGGGAGAGCCCAGGCUCUGGGGAAGUUUGGGUGAACUGUUUGCAAAAAUCUGCCGAGCCCACCCCUCCGAGACCUUUAUUUCCCCCUGCGGCAGCUGUCAUCUGAUCCCACGCUUUGGCUCUGAAUGGGGCUCUCGGAGGAUGCCAGAUGUUGGGAACAAAGGUCUAAAAAUAAUCUUUCCGAGUAAUCUUCCCGUCCAUCACUCAAGGAGAGCGUGAGCUUUUUGUGCGAACAUGUGAGCCGAGAACCUGAUCUAACUUAAAGAAGUUCAACAGCAGCUCCCGGCUUCUGCCUAAGCUGCGCAGGGAAAAGCGGCUCUGGGAGCGCUCAGCCCUCCCUCCCUCCCUCCUUGCCAAACCUCGGAACCGCCCGGAUCCCCAGAGCCGGGCUCUUUAUCCCACCUCUCCCUGGAAAAAUAAAACUAAAAAAAAUGGGUUCCCGGCUGCUGCCAGAGGUGCUUUUCUGUAAAAAGGUCUUGGCUGCAGCCCUGUGCGCGCUGGUUGUGCUGCCGGAGCCGGGCAGUGCCAGGACCCUCUGGAAACGCGCUCUGCUCAAAAUGACGGAGAAAUACGAUGACUACGAGUACCCUCUCCACUCUCAGAGCUCGCAGCAGCAGAAGAGCGAGCGGUGCCCGCCGCCGCCGCAGAGCCUGCCGGAGCGCGCCUGCCUCAGAGCGGGAGGGGAUGGCCACCUGCGGUCCCUGCAGCCCCCGCCAGCCCCCGCCAGGUACGGACACCUGCGCCGGGGUGGGCUCAGAGCGGGAGGGGAUGGCCACCUGCGGUCCCUGCAGCCCCCGCCAGCCCCCGCCAGGUACGGACACCUGCGCCGGGGUGGGCUCAGAGCGGGAGGGGAUGGCCACCUGCGGUCCCUGCAGCCCCCGCCAGCCCCCGCCAGGUACGGACACCUGCGCCGGGGUGGGCUCAGAGCGGGAGGGGAUGGCCACCUGCGGUCCCUGCAGCCCCCGCCAGGUACGGACACCUGCGCCGGGGUGGGCUCAGAGCGGGAGGGGAUGGCCACCUGCGGUCCCUGCAGCCCCCGCCAGGCAGUCCUGGACUGGCUGGUUCAGCCCAAGCCCCGCUGGCUGGGAGGCAAUGGGUGGCUUUUGGACGGCCCAGAGGAAGUCUUACAAGCCGAGGCGUGCAGCACCACGGAGGACGGGGACGAGCCCCUGCACUGCCCCACGGGCUACGAGUGCCACAUCAUCAGCCCUGGCAACACGGCCGAGGGCAUCCCCAACCGCGGCCAGUGCAUCAAACAGCGCGGGAACACAGAUGGACACAACCUGAGACAUAAAUAUUACAAGGAAUAUUUUGGGAGCAAUUCCAACAAUUUGGUCGGCUAUGUGAAAAACCAGCAGAAGCAUUUAGGCUAAUUGAAGGUGUGCCUGGCUGGACCACUCUGUCAAGGAAUGCUUUACCCAGCAGCUUUCUGGUCCCAGAUCUCCACAUCACAUCUCCAGCAUCCCCCUGAUCCCUGCCCAUCACUGGCAAAAAAAAUCCCAUUACCCAAGGAGCAGGAUGGAGUCCAGAUUUUAACCCCACCAGGAAGGGGAGAAAUGUGAUCCCCUGAAGGAAACCACACUGCUUAUCAGCUGCCCUUCUACAAGUGAAAUGCAAACACCUCCAAGGGAUCCCUGCAAGCCACAGUGCCAUGAUCAGGCUGCUGACCCAGAGCCUGCCCUUCAUGUGCUCGUUGUGUGACCAAUUCAGAUUUCAGGCCUGUGAACACAACCCAGUGACAUCAGAAUCCUACCUAAAAUCAUAUCUAAGCUGCUUUAAAGUAGGUGAGACUAAAGAGGUUCUCUGGGUCAAAUCCAAUGCCUGUCUUGAACAACUCCUUUAAAGAAGCCUUUUUACCAGCUUAAACUUCAAACAAACCUGCAAGUUCCUUCUUUUCCUAUUUAUAACCAGGCUUGAUACCCACUCUAAAUGGCAAAACCUGAAGUCUUUAGAAUCUGAGGAGUUUUAAGCUAGGAGCAAAACCAGCUUUAUAAAUGAUUUUAGGUUACUUUCCUCUUCUCAGUCUGGUGAGCUGCAGAUUGAGAGUUAAUAAUGGAACAGAUUCCUUCCUGCAGUCUCCAGGCAGACACACAGAUGCAUGCCAGGCUUUGUAAUGGGCUGUUUUUAGCCAGCACAGUUAAUACAAAAUCUGUGGUUUUGUACCUGCAAAACCUCAGUGAGAGGCCUGAAGUCUGGAUAAUGUGUGAAAUGUGUUAGAAAAGCAAGCCCAGGAUAAAUUUGUGUGGUGAGAAGGAUUGUCUGGCAGAUGGGCCACUGCUCCUCAGGAGUCCUGCACCUUUGUGUUGGCUUCCAUAAACCCUCAAGGUCUGGAUAUUUGUACUUGGACCUCACAGCUUCUUUUAGCUGUUUAGCAUUAUACAGUGGGAAAUGCAUUUUCUAUUAAGGUUUUCCUCUCCUGUGGCAGUCCUGAAGGGACAGUUGCAUUUAUUGUGACAAAUCAGAAUUGUUUGGCAGAAAAGGCACCUUUGCUCCAUGGUUUAGUCCACGUUCCCACCUGCAUGCAUGAAAUUAGCAUUUCAAUUUGCACAGCAGUAGCACUGCAUAUAAAUACCCAAUUCACAAAUGCAAGUGCCUGCUUCCACUCACAAAAUACAGGAUUUUUUUUUUCCACUCACUAAAUGGUUUAAGCCAAAUCCAAGACACCUAUAAAACUCUUGAUGCUUUGCACAUGACAUUUGCAGCUGGAGAGAUGGAAGGUGCCAAACUGCUCUUCUGUUUCAUAUUUAAACACACUCCUGGGUGCUUUACAGAGCAAAGGAACAGCUGAAGGGCUCCACAUUUUCCUGAAUAUCUUCACUCGUUGAACUCACUUUUUUUCCAAAGUGCAAAAUAUUAAAUGCAGCACUGUGUUUGCACUGAGCUAAUUCUGGAAUUUUAUCCUAUACAGCUUCCUGCAAUGAGAUCUUAAUUCCUGCUUGGACACAGGAGCCACAGAACCAGAGAAUUGUGGAAUGGUUUGGGUUGGGAAGGAGUUUAAAUCUCAUCACCUUCCACUAGACCAGGUUAUCCAGGCUCCAAUCCAUAUUUUAUAGCUCCAAUCUGUGUUUAGACCAGAAACUUGCCACUUAUCCUGCUGCAGCCUCCUCCUCAGUGCUGCUUAGUGAAAUGGAUUGAUUUUGUUCAGCAGAAAAAAAAAUCAAAUUCUGAUUAAAUGAGCAAAGCUCUCCAGUGAUCACUGCUAAGCCCCGAAGAGUAAAUGCCAAAAUGUCCUAUUUUAAUCUAAAAAAUUCCUGAAACCUUGUGAGGAGCCAGUUGAAAAACUGGUGUUGAGCCUUCACAAAUUUGAAAGAUUAAAUCUCAACCUAAUCUCUCAAAGCAGCCCAAAAUCUGCUUAAUUUGAGUGGACACGUUCACUUCAGUGUUUGAUUUCUUUGUAGCUGCAGAAGCACAUAGCUGACCACCUGGGUGGCACAGUACAGGUAUUUUCUGCUUGCAAAAGUAAUAUUUAAAAGAAGAAAAUUGACAAAUUAAUAAUUUGAUGAGGAAUUUCUGUUUACUGGGUGUUUCACAGCCCUUCUUUGUGGUGCUAUAAUGCUCAGGGGGUUUCUUCCAAGUUAAUUCAAGUUAUUAAUUGUCAAACUCAGAAACAAAAGCCACAGAAGGGACUUGUCAAAGUGCUGUGUUUCCAAAAGUGAAACCCUGGACACUGAAACGUGAAACUCAGUGAAAUGAAAUCAAGAGCAGGUGAGUUGUGCUCAGCUGCUCUUCUCUCCAAAGGCAGAUGCUUUACCUGGUGCAGCACAGUAGGAAAUGCCUGGUGUGGGUUGUUUUGGACAUUUCCAUGAACACUUUGCAGAUGUUUGGUGCUAUGACAACCUUGCUGUGUGUCACUGAGUGCUCACCAUGCCUCCCCCACCCCCCGGAUCUGUGCAGCCCCUCCCUGGUUGGUGCCCCCGGUGCUCACACACGUUCAGGUUCUGCUUUGGUGCUCAAUAAAAAGUGACCAGUCUUAUUUUU